AACAGUGCGUAUACUUGUGCUACGAUUUAUCGAAAAACCAAUAAAGAUUAUCUACAAUGGCGACCAGUAAGAUUCCGGAUUGGGUAACUGCAGACUUAUUUGAAGAUGUACUCAAGGCAAGUGUGGAGGGAUACUCGAAAGUCAAGAGCUUCAAGGCAGACAUUGGAUCUGCGGCGGGUGAAAACUAUGCCACUAUUAUGCUGCGGGUUAAGAUCGAAGUUGAGCUGAAGGAUGGCAAAACGAAACCGGUCUCGUAUAUGGUCAAGCUACCCCAUCAACUAGAGAUGUUUCAGGAGAUGAUGAAGCGGACCAACAUCUUUGACAUUGAGCGUUCCAUGUACAAUGAGGUGGUCCCUGAAAUGGAAGCACUUUACAAGGACGCGGGAGUAGAUAUUACUUUCGGCGCCAAGAGCUACGAUCUUAAGAAUGCCAAGAGUGAUUAUGUGGCUUUGGAGGAUCUGGGAAUUAAAGGAUUCAAGAAUGCCAAUCGUCUCGAAGGACUUGAUCAAGCUCACACCGAAAGAGUUCUCCAAAAGCUGGCACAAUGGCAUGCUGCAUCCGCCGUGCGAGUGGCCAUUAAGGGGCAGUAUCCUGACAUCCUCUUGCAUGGCUUCUUUAAAGAGGAUACUAAACCGAUGAUGACGGAAAUGAUGAAAGGAAUGGGUGCCAACUUUCUUAAAAGUUGUGUUACCUACGAGGGCUAUGAGGUUUUUAUAGACAAAGUCAAAGCCAUUCAACCUGUAUAUGUCGAUAGGGUUUUCGAGUCAGCAAAGAGCGAUCCCAAUGAGUUCAAUGCACUUAACCAUGGCGAUUCCUGGUCAAAUAAUAUUAUGUUCCAGUACGAUGCCUUUGGAAAGAUCAAGGAGGUCUACAUGGUCGACUACCAGUUGCCCAGAUACGGAAGCGUGGCACAGGAUCUGUUAUACUUCUUGAUUUCAUCCACAAAGUUGGAGGACAAGGUCUCAAAGUUUGAUUACUAUAUCAAAGUUUAUCAUGACAACCUGGUAGAACACCUCAAGAUUCUAAAAUACUCAAAGACCAUUCCCAGCCUGCGAGAUAUUCAUCUGUCGCUCUUCAAACAUGGAUUCUUUGGUUAUACAGUGGCCACCGGUGUUAUGGCCGCCGUACUCUUGGAUCCUACGGAAUCUGCCAGCUUUGAGAAUUUCGUGGGUGAUACCGAGGCAGGUGUGGAUUUCCAGAUGCAGCUAUACAACAGUCCCAGAUACCGCAAACACAUCCAGGUAGUAAUGCCCUGGCUGCUAAAUCGUGGUGGUUUGGAUGUCUAGAACACCGAAACUAAACAAUUUCUAAUAUUACACAAGAAAAAUACAAAUUUAGUCAGAAUUUAGUGCAUUCCCGUGAUAGCGCUAUCUGUAUCUUUUGGCGAUAAUGGCUUUGAGUAUUAGUAAACGUAAAAUUUUGAACGAUAAACAAGUUCAAUCAAUUAACAAAAUUCA